AUGGUUUAUAUUACAGAAAGUUUAAUUCGUAAACGAGCGGAGCACAAUGAAGGAGAACUAUCAACACUAGAAGAAGUAUCACUUCAUCAACAAGAUAUUGAAAAAAUUGAAUAUUUGGAUAAAUGGUGUCGAGAAUUACGAAUAAUCUAUUUACAAAGCAAUCUUAUCUCAAAAAUCGAGAAUGUUAGUCGAUUAAAAAAAUUAGAAUAUAUCAAUUUAGCAUUGAAUAAUAUUGAAUAUAUUGAAAAUCUUGAGGGAUGCGAAUCGUUAAAUAAACUUGAUUUAACAUUAAAUUUCAUUGGCAUAUUAUCGUCUGUUGAAAAUCUUCGUAAUAAUAUUCAUCUAGUUGAUUUAUAUCUAACUGGUAAUCCAUGUGGAGAUCAUGAAGGCUAUCGUGAUUAUGUUAUUGCUACAUUACCACAAUUACAAAAGUUAGACGGAAACGAAAUCACAAAAACUGAACGAAUUUUAGCUUUACAAAAAUAUGGCAAGAUUUCCAAGCGAAUCGAUGAAUUAGACAGACAAUAUGCGGAAAAACGAAAAAAUCAAAAAAGUGAAUUCGAACGAACGAAAUCAGAACGUGAAGCUGAUGAAAACUAUUGGGAUCGCAAAUCUGAAUACACACCAGAAUCACGUAUUGAAACGCAUGAAAGUACGAAAAAGAAACGCGAACGUGAAUCAAAAGAAGAAAAGUCCGAGCCAAAACCUGUACGACAAUAUAUUGGCAAUGAUGGUUAUCCACUGAACUGUAAUGAACCUAAAGUCGAUUUUAAAAUGCUUGAAAGUGAUGAUGAUCGACAUGUUAUUCUUGAUGUUGCUGUUUUUCGUCAUAUGGAUACAUCGCUUGUCGAUGUUGAUGUUCAACCGCUUUAUGUUCGAGUUACAAUUAAAGGGAAAAUUCUACAAUUAGUCUUGCCCGAAGAAGUCAAUACAACACAAUCAGUAGCUGAGCGAUCGAAAAUAUCAGGACAUUUAGUCAUUAAAAUGCCUAAAUUAAAGCAAUCAAAUAUUAAAAUGGAAACAAAAGCUCGAAUUGAGAAUAAUAAACCUUCUACACAAUCGACUUAUCUCGAACUUGGUAAAGAUCCAUCAACAACCGUUGAUUACACUCAAAUUGUAAAUCAAAAUAAAAAAAGUUCACAUAUGAAAUCAAAACCAAAUUCACAAAAAGAACGAGAAAAUUCAGCAGAUUUUAUCGAUGAUCCUGAUGUACCUCCAUUAAUCUAA